AUGGCGACUGCAGCGCUUCUCCCCGUCGGCCUCUUCUUUCUUCUCCAAGACGCUGCAGAGUCUCUCACCACCACCUACACUCCAUUUGAAGGUCCAAGGAAAAGAGCUAGGAACAUACAAAGCCUCAGAAACAUGUCUGCUACAUCUGGACUCGUGGAAGAUAACCAGGAUAGUCGAAACCAUGUCGUACCUAUCUCUGACUUCUUCGACGCUCAAACAUCAUUUCAACCGAAUACCACACAUGAUAUUUGUAAACGGGAGGAGGAAAGACUUGGAAGCACAGAGGUCGCUGGGUCAACAAAGCGUUACAAAAGAGACCGAAAUCUCGUCAAAGUAAAUCGAGAGGUAGAAUUAGGAAAACACGAAAAGCAAGACAUGCGAGGGGUCACGGUGGAGGUUGUUGCUACAACGAUUCAGGUAAAAGAGGUGGGGAACCGGGACAUAGAUACUGAGGUAGGAGCUAUGCGGCAUAGCAUCGUCUUAUGUGUGGAAUAA